UGUUCCUUUUGCUUUGGCAGGCUGAAGAUAGAAACACUUGUGCCAUUCGUAUCAUUUAUUCUUUAGUGAAGGGAUUGCUUGAUAUUUUAUAGCACUUGGUUAGUUCUUAUCAGUUAUAAGAAUGGAAGAGAUGGGAACUGAACUGGAAUUUGAUGACCUUGCAAGGCUUAUAGGCGAUGAGAUUCCAAAUGUUGGAUCUGGAAAUGCACAUUCUGAAGAAAAAAGCUUGUCUUCAAUGUCUGUGAAUUCUUAUGGAGGGCCUUCGUUUGGAAAGCUCCAUAGAAAUGGGAACUUGAUGGAUGGAAAUAUCCCAAUGAGUAGACUCCAGCAAUCACCUAUGGAUCAAAUUCUAACUAGGCAAAAUACUAUGCCAGGGAACCAGUCCUUGACAUUUGCAUUUGAAAAAUUAAGCUUAGGUGAUGAGGCGGUGGCGGCAGUGAAGGGGCAUGCUUGGAAGUCAGUGCCGGGUCAUGCCGUCCUGUUGGAUGACCAUUACUCAGACAACUUGAACAAGCAAUUUCUCAAUAUGGAUGCAUCAAUGUUAGCUCCUUGGAGUUCUUCAAAUCACUUGAAUAGUGGUGUUCAUGAUCCUUAUAUGACAAGACUUGGCAUACAAAACUCUCCCUCAAGACAUGUACCUGAACAGUACAAGAAGUGGCAGGUUAGUCACCUUCAGUCAUUUGAGACUUCCUCCUCCCCAACUAUGCCGUUAACUCACGAGGUGGCCAAUGUGCCUGCUCCAAAUUUGCAGUUCCCUGUCACAUCUCAUCGUCAGCAAAUAUACCAUAAUGGGCGGUCUCCUCUUCGUUACAUACACCCACAACAGGUAAAUCAACGUCAAAUUGGUUGGGAAGAGGAACAGUUUUACAGGAUCCAGGAGCAGCACCCAUACCUGCAGCAUCUUCAUAACCAGCAAUUGGAAUGUUUGCUUCCAAUUCAACCACAUGAGAAUAUUACCAGUAGGACUUCAUGUCAAAAUCGUAAGCAGCAAUAUUUUGAGGUUCCCAUUUCUCACCAUCUUGAGCAGUCUGAUCAUGAACCAUCUUGGAAGACGUGUGCAUUUCAUAGGGGUCCAAACCAGUUAAGUCCUGUAUUUUCAACACAUUAUAUGGACACAAUUCAAGGUAUGGAGAAAAUUUCCUUUCCUAGAAAGAUCCUUGCAAGGAAUCAUGGACUGAACACGGUUGAUGCUGUGAGGUUUGUGUCUAUUGGUGCUGACAAAUCACCUGCUCAUGUCAACCAAAGUCGAAUUGUUCGCUCAAAUAGCUGUAUUCGGCACAACAAUUUGGCUCCAGCUACCGAAUGCAUUUGUCAUGAUCACCUUGGCUCAUCUGCUUUGUACUCUGAUUCUGCAAAUUUUAAGUUACUGCCUGACAAACUUAACUCUGUCAAUGAAGUCCGGGGCAAAAUAUAUCUCAUGGCUAAAGACCAGUAUGGUUGUCGCUUCUUGCAACGAAAAUUUGUAGAGGGUACCCAGGAAGAUAUUGAGAAGAUUUUCAAUGAGAUCAUUGAUCAUGUUGUUGAGCUCAUGACAGAUGCUUUUGGAAAUUAUCUAGUACAGAAGCUGCUUGAAGUUUGCAAUGAGGAUCAGCGGAUGCAAAUUCUUCAUAAAAUUACGAGGAACCAUGGUGAACUUGUUAUAAUUUCAUGUGAUGUGCAUGGGACUCGUGCUAUUCAGAAGGUUAUUGAGACUCUUAAAACUCCAGAACAAAUUUUCAUGAUUGUCUCUUCUUUAAAGUCUGGUAUAGUGACUCUGAUGAAAAACAUAAAUGGCAACCAUGUGGCACAACAUUGCCUUGAGUAUUUAAUGCCUGGUUGCAGUGAGUUACUGUUUGAUGCUGCAAGAAAUAGUUGUGUUGAGCUUGCAACCGAUCGCCAUGGUUGUUGUGUGCUUCAAAAAUGCCUCAGUUGUUCGGAUACUGGACUCAGAGAUGAUUUAAUCAGUGUGAUCACUCGAAAUGUUCUGGUCAUUUCCCAAGAUCAAUAUGGGAACUAUGUUGUGCAAUUCAUCCUCAAGAUUGAUCUUCAAUGGGCUACAGACGAAAUACUCGAACAGCUAGCGGGCAGUUAUGGGGACUUGUCCAUGCAGAAAUACAGUAGUAAUGUCGUCGAAAAAUGCCUGCAAGUUGCAAAGGAAGGAGAACGCCUCCCUAAAAUUGUGAAUGAACUGAUAAAGGAUCCACGAUUUGAUAAAAUCAUGCAGGACCCGUAUGGCAAUUAUGCAAUUCAAACGGCGUUGAAUCAAUCAGAGGGUCCUCUUCGUGCUAAAUUGGUGGAUGCAAUAAGGCCACACAUUCCUGUACUCAGGACGAGUCCAUACGGGAAGAAAGUCCUUGCAAUGGUUGGAAAAUCUAACUAACCGGUUGCGUCGAGAGCGCGCUUCUAGUCUUGGUAAGAUAGCAAAACUAGUGUUUGUUUUCCUUCAGAACUUGUUUUUUCUUUUUUGGGGUAAAGAAUUUGUCUAGGCCAGUUGUAUCUGGAAAGAAACUCAUCAAAGGUGAAGAUACAUCCAUAUCUUCACUCCUAAUUGUUGUUUUUGGUUAAAAGCUUAGGAUGCGUAAAGGCUCGCGUGUUGUUUGUUUUUGUUUGUCUUUGUUUUUUCGGCAUAGUAAAUAAAGAGGUGAAGGUAUAGAGAGAGGGGGGGGCUAUGGAAGUGUUGUACAUUUGUUGGGAUUCUGUUUCUGAAGCUCAAUUCAUGUAGAAGAAGAAGGGUAAAUGUGUGAUAGAAGAGAGGCCUUUUUUUUUGGUUGAAGAACCGAAGUAGCUUAGCUUUGUACCAUGCUCUGCUGCUAUCUUUUUUUGGUUGGGGCUGUGUAAUUAAAUUGUCACUCCUGUGAAUUAUUAACAAUUUGGGCUCUGUUUAUUUUUCUGCCUUGUUUUCAUUUUUCUAUAAAGAGUUGCAUUUGGUUAUCAA